GAUCAUCUUUUGCCCCUGGAGGCCCCAGCUGUUGGAGUGGGAGAAGAAUCUGCAUCUGAUGUUGGGCCAACAUUGGAUGCAGCUGGAUCGGCACCCCGUCCACCUGGACCCAGCCCCCUUCUCAAGCUUGGGGAUAGGCUGUUCAACAUGGAGAGAUUAUGGGAGCAAAGGAGGCUUUCUAAUGCAUCCAGUAAUAUAGAAAGGUUAUUGGUGCUCCAACAUGAAACCCUGCUUGGACUUGUCACCGCGGUCAGGGAGCAGACUACAGCAUUGCAGGACCUUAGUCAUGAUAUCCGGGCCUUAUGUCAAGCAGGUCCUGAACAAAAUGCACCUUCAGCCAGAGGCUCCCAACCCCUGUGCAGUAGUAGUUUGGGGCCAAUGCCAAGGUUGCCACAGAGUUCCCCUGUAGAAAGUGCCCGGGAAGCAGCAGGGGAACAAGCUUUGGAGGUGCCGAUUCUGGAACUACCCACUCUGGAGCAGCCCCCUCAAGAAACCCCACCCGAAGACCAGUAUGCUCCUUCCCCAUGGAUCCCUCUUCUGCACCUUCCUCACACUCCACUU